AUAAAAGUAAUCAACCUAUUCACUUCCUCCAUCCUCGUAACACUAUUCAUACUAACCCUCCCCAUCAUAAUAACCAACACUACCCUUUAUACCAAUAAACUAUAUCCCCAAUACGUAAAAACCACUAUCUCACAUGCUUUUAUAAUAAGCCUGAUCCCCACAAUAAUAUUUCUCUACUUAGGGCAAGACACAAUAAUUUCAAACUGACACUGAAUUACAAUUCAAACUGUAAAACUCUCCCUCAACUUUAAACUUGAUUACUUCUCAAUAAUCUUCAUACCGGUAGCACUAUUCGUCACAUGAUCAAUUAUAGAAUUCUCAAUAUGAUACAUACACUCAGACCCCUACAUCAACCGAUUCUUCAAAUAUUUACUUCUUUUCCUAAUCACUAUAAUAAUCCUAGUCACCGCCAACAAUAUAUUUCAACUAUUUAUCGGAUGGGAAGGAGUAGGUAUUAUAUCAUUUCUACUUAUCGGAUGAUGAUACGGGCGAACAGACGCCAACACAGCCGCACUACAGGCCAUCUUAUACAACCGUAUUGGAGAUGUAGGGUUCAUCUUAGCCAUGGCCUGAUUCCUAGCCAACCUAAACACCUGAGAUCUACAACAAAUCCUCAUAACCGACCACAAAAAUCUGAACCUCCCUCUCACAGGCCUAUUAUUGGCAGCUACCGGAAAAUCCGCACAAUUUGGCCUACACCCAUGAUUGCCCUCGGCCAUAGAAGGUCCAACCCCUGUAUCAGCCCUACUGCAUUCAAGCACUAUGGUUGUAGCAGGAGUAUUUUUGCUAAUCCGAUUCCAUCCCCUAAUAGAACAUAACAAAACAAUUCAAACCAUCACACUAUGCCUAGGAGCAAUCACAACCCUAUUCACAGCAAUUUGUGCCCUAACACAAAACGACAUCAAAAAAAUUAUCGCUUUCUCCACUUCAAGCCAACUCGGACUAAUAAUCGUAACCAUCGGCAUCAAUCAGCCCUACCUAGCGUUUCUCCAUAUCUGUACACAUGCAUUCUUCAAAGCCAUAUUAUUCAUGUGCUCUGGAUCAAUCAUUCACAACCUAAACGAUGAACAAGACAUCCGAAAAAUAGGAGGACUAUACAAAGCCCUUCCAUUUACCACCACCUCCCUGAUCGUCGGAAGCCUAGCACUCACAGGAAUACCAUUCCUAACAGGAUUUUACUCUAAAGACCUAAUUAUCGAAACCGCUAACACGUCAUAUACCAACGCCUGAGCCCUUCUAAUUACCCUCAUUGCCACCUCCAUAACAGCUGCCUAUAGCACUCGAAUCCUAUUUUUCGCACUCCUAGGACAACCCCGCUUCAACCCUGUCGUCGCAAUCAACGAGAAUAAUCCCCUCCUAAUCAACUCCAUUAAACGUCUCCUACUCGGGAGUAUCUUCGCAGGAUUCCUAAUCUCCUACAACAUCACACCCACCACCACCCCACAGAUAACUAUGCCUCAUUAUCUCAAAAUAAUAGCCCUCACCAUAACCAUCUUAGGUUUCAUUUUGGCACUAGAACUUAACCUCACAAUACAAAGCCUAAAAUUUAAAUAUCCCUCGAACCUAUUCAAAUUCUCAAACAUACUAGGCUACUUCCCAACUACUAUUCACCGCCUAAUACCCAAAAUAAAUCUACUCAUAAGCCAAAAAUCAGCAUCAACACUGUUAGAUAUAAUUUGACUAGAAAAGAUCUUACCAAAAUCCAUCUCCCACUUCCAAAUAAAAUCUUCAAUCACCGUCACUAACCAAAAAGGCCUAAUCAAACUAUACUUCUUAUCAUUUAUACUAACCCUGACUCUAAGCCUACUCGUACUUAACUUCCACGAGUAA